GGUGUACGAGGCUUCCAUAACCAUCACACAGAGACUGAUCUACGGUUGCCCCAUUUGGAUUUCCAAGUGAAGUACCGAGACAAAAAGAGUCAUGAGCAUGGCAUUUCCAAUUUUGCAGCCAAAUUUGGUACCAUAUGCUCAUUGCUGAUGGGGAGCACCAACACAUCCUCCUUCGAGGGCUUCAUCCUGGUGGGCUUCUCUGACCGCCCCCACUUGGAGCUCAUCCUCUUUAUGGUGGUCCUCACCUUCUACCUGCUGACCCUCCUGGGCAACCUGGCCAUCAUCUUGCUUUCUGCUCUGGACUCUCGGCUGCACACACCCAUGUAUUUCUUUCUAGCCAAUCUCUCCAUCCUGGACAUGUGCUUCACCACAGGUUCCAUCCCUCAGAUGCUCUACAACCUGUGGGGCCCAGACAAGACCAUCAGCUACGUGGGCUGUGCCAUCCAGCUCUACUUCGUGCUGGCCCUGGGAGGUGUGGAGUGUGUCCUGCUGGCUGUCAUGGCCUAUGACCGCUAUGUUGCUGUUUGCAAGCCCCUUCACUACACGGUCAUCAUGCACUGGCGCCUCUGUGGGCAGCUGGCUUCGGUGGCCUGGUUGAGUGGCUUCGGCAAUUCUCUCAUCAUGGCACCCCAGACAUUGAUGCUGCCUCGCUGUGGGCACAGGCGUGUGGACCACUUUCUCUGUGAGAUGCCAGCACUCAUUGGUAUGGCUUGUGUGGAUACCAUGGCCCUUGAGGCACUGGCUUUUGCCUUGGCAAUCUUCAUCAUCCUGCUGCCACUCAUCCUCAUCCUCAUCUCCUAUGGUUACAUUGCACGAGCGGUGCUCAGGAUCAAGUCGGCUGCUGGACGAAAGAAAGCCUUCAACACCUGUAGUUCCCACCUCAUUGUUGUCUCUCUCUUCUAUGGCACAAUCAUCUACAUGUACCUCCAACCAGCAAACACAUAUUCCCAGGACCAGGGCAAAUUCCUUACUCUUUUUUACACAAUUGUCACCCCCAGUGUUAACCCCUUGAUCUAUACGCUGAGGAACAAAGAUGUCAAAGAGGCCAUGAAGAAGGUGCUAGGGCAGCAGAGUGCCAAAGCACAGGGAUGAGUGGUCAGAUGUGGUCUUGCCUUUUGUCCCAUUUUCCAUACAUGUUAGACCUAGCACAAAGAAGAAUGUUCUGGCAUUGCAGAUCUGAGAGGCACUUAGAGACAAGGGGAAUUCAGGUUGAGAAAAUGCUACAUUCUUAUGUGACAAUCACUUCUGUUCUCUGAGAUCUCUCUAAGUCAAACAUUCAUCACCAGGCUCCAAAACAGGCUAAAAUUGUG